AUGGAGUUAGUAACAAUGCCACCCACAUUUCCUAGCAUCUUUGAUGCAUAUACAUAUGCAGUCCAACAUAUAAGGGCGUACAGUUUAGCUUUGCUACAGUAUGAGGAUAACGACGUAGUCUUAUGCGAGAAUUUUCCCGCAAGCCUCACGGGAGAAGCUUUGAAAUGGUUCGACGGAUUACCAUUAGGCACAAUAAGGUCAUUCCAGCACUUGCAAAGUAUGUUCUUGGGGCAUUACAUCAGCAAUAAUAUGCUAAAUCCAGGAAUCGAGAAAGUAUUCAGCCUGCGAAAGAGAACAAAUGAAACUUUGCGAGCCAUGACCACUAUAUGGAGGACCAUGUGUAUUGAAGUGGCAAAACGAGUGGACGAAAGAAAUAUAAUCCUAGCAUUUAUCAAUGCACAAUUUCCAACUGAUUUGUUGUACACGCAGAUAUUGAGGAUGAAGGACAGAAUAACCAUGGGGGAGUUGCGCGAGUACCAAGAAGAGUACAUUUCUCUCGUGUAA